AUUUCAAAGCCGCUAAAGUAACAAGUAUCUUGCAGUUAUCCAUUCACUGAAGCGAAAAUAAAAACAUCGACACAAACACAAACACACACACAGAUUUUGUUUAUACUCUCAGAGCAGCGCGAAAAAGGGCCAUUGAAAAAAAAUAACCCAAAAACCCCACCAUGGAAUACCCCAACGGUGACCUUUACACGCUCGAAGCGAACCUGAUGAACAAGUCGCUGCGGGAACUAACAGAUGGCGCCGACAAGGAUCCCAUUACCAAGCUGCGACUGCUCUGCUUUAGCCGUGGCGCAACAGGCAUACUGGGAAUUGGCAGAGCCUUUCGGGCCAUGGACGAUGAUGGCAGCAAGGCGCUGAACGAGCAGGAAUUCAUUUCGGGCAUACGCGACACGGGCCUGGAUGUGACGGAUGAUGAGAUCCGCGAGAUGUUUAACACUUUUGAUGAAGAUGGCAGCGGCUCCAUUAACAUGACGGAGUUUUUGCUCAAACUGCGCCCUCCCAUGCCCGAGUGCCGUUUGGGCAUUAUCGAUCAGGCUUUUGACAAAAUGGAUCGCGAUGAUGACGGCGUCAUUACCGUGGCCGAUCUGAAGAGCGUUUACUCGGUGAAGGAGCACCCAAAGUACCAGAGCGGCGAGAUGAGCGAGGAUGAGAUACUCACAGACUUUUUGCACAACUUUGAGGGCGGUCGUGGAAACCUAGAUGGCAAGAUUACACGCGAGGAAUUUAUCAACUAUUAUGCCACCAUCAGCGCCUCAAUCGACAACGAUUUGUACUUUGAUCUGAUGAUGCGACGAGCCUAUGCCAUGUAGCUGAAUGCUUGCAGACAGAGUGCCAGCAGCACCACUUAAAUCUCAAUAGCUUUUGCUUUAAU